AUGGGUACCACGAAGGAUCCAAAGCUAUGGAUCAACACGAAGAAGCUCGGGAAAAAGAUCAUCCCUUGCAACGAUGAGAUGCUAGCGCUGCUCGCGUGCUUCAAGAAGUGCGAUUUCGUUGGGACCGAGAGCAAGUGCGCGGCGGAGAGGAAGAAACUGGACGCUUGCCUGAUGUUCCAAGCGAAACAACCGAAGAAAAAGAACACGAUCAAUUUUCACCUUCAGCGCUUGGCGCGGGCCGCGCGGCGGUGA